CAUUAGCCAUAGGACGUCGCCAUCAGCGAGCUCGCAGUCCCUCUGACGCCAGGAUCUGGUUUCACGCGCCUGUCAACUGCGCUUCCAAACACCGUCGCUCGCCUGUUUCUCACAAGGCGGAUUUUUGCUGAAGGGAAAAGACGAUGGAUGUUAACACUGGGGGAUCAGGAGUUAGGCGAUAGAGGCGUGAAGGGAUGCCCGUGUCAUGGGCACAGAGCGCGAGGCCAACGAGAAGGCGAGCGGGGAGGGCGAUGCGUCUCAACUGGAAGCUGCCAGUCUGCAGAUCGCCGAUGUGUCUGUGGAGGUGGCCACAGUCGACCACACACUGCAGAAGAUCUGCAGGAAGUACAGGAAGACCAGGCGGAAGCCCAAAGGACUCAAGAGGCUGCAGGCGCGUCUGUUGAGCAUCCCCCACCUGGCCGUCAUCAUCACAGCGGUGGUGUUUGUGGUGCUGAUCAUCAUGUGGUCCCUGCUGUGGGUCUUCCUAUUUCGCAGGGAAAGCAACAGUGGAGUGUAUUUUGCCGGUAUGUUUCGUGUUGCCAACGUGGAGUUUAUCCCGGAGUACCGGCAGGCAGAGUCCCGUGAGUUUGUAUCCUUGGCGGGAAAAAUACAGCACGUGGUGAGCAAUGUGUUCAAGGUGUCCUCAGUAGCCAGACUCUACAAGCAAGCCAUCAUUUCAGACCUCAGCAACAACGACAAGGGCGGCGUGCUGGUUCAUUUCUGGAUGGCGUUUGUGGUCCCUCAGCUAAGGAGCAAAUCCGUGUGCGAGGAGUGUGUGGAAGCCAUUUUUAGAGACUCUGUUCACAUCAGCAUGAUGAACAGGUCGUCCGUGGGCUACCUGCUGGGACUCCCGGUGGACAUGGACUCCAUCCUCAUCAACGCUGUUGAGCGGUCGGACUACUCAUCAAGCGGAGCAGGCUCGCAGUGCGUGGGCAAGCUGUACGCCAACCUCCCCGGCCUGAGCGUUCCGCUGAACGUCUUCUCGUCGUGGGGCGACGUGAGCUGCCACGUAAAGCUCACCUCCGCGCCGGGCUCUCUGAUCCGCCUGACCGUCACCUCCUUCCUCAUCGAGCCCAGCGACUGCGUGAGCGACGGCCUGACCGCGUACGACGCCCUGCUGCCCAUGAGAGGGCGCAUUCUGCACAGGAUGUGUGAGCCAGUGUCCCGCUCGUUCUCCCUGGUGUCCACCUCCAAUGUCAUGCUGCUGUCCUUCAGGAUGACCAACGGCAACAAGAGCUUCAGGGGACACUUUGAGGCCAUCGCUGAAGAAAUGUCUCAGAUUGAGACCCACGUAGAGCCUGACAUCAUCGGUCAAAUCUACAGCCCCUUCCACCCGAGCCUUCUGCCCCCACAGUGCUUCUCCACGUGGAAGUUUGAGACCCCUAGCAGCGCUUUAGGAGUUGCUCUGCAGUUUCAGAACUACGUACUGAAGCCAAAGGAAGUGAAUGGCUGCGAACACGGCUGGUGGAAGGUUAACGAAAUCAUAUUCUGUGGCAGCUACGUGGGGCACCACACGGUGUUUCGGAUCUCGGACCACAGCCCAGAGGUGGAGUUUCGCUGCAGCUCGCGUAUCUCUGCUCAGCCUUUCCAGGCGACUUACAGCAGCUACAACAUCAGCCAGCCCUGUCCAGAGAACCACUUCCUGUGCUCCACAGGACUCUGUGUGGAAAAGAGUCGCCGUUGCGACGGCCUUGACGACUGCCAGGAUGAGAGUGACGAGGUCUUCUGCUCGAGGCCGACAAAGAACUGUGGUGGUAACAGCCCUCUGCAUCCUUUGUUCGUGUGCAAUGGAGAGAGCGACUGCCCCAAUGGAAUAGAUGAGACCAACUGCACUCAGGAAACAACCUGCUCCGCAAUCAGGUAUCAGUGCAGCAGUGGCUCCUGCAUCUUGAAAAAAAAUGCAAAGUGUGAUGGUGUUCUUGACUGUCAGGACCACAGUGAUGAGGCUGAUUGUGCCUGCGGGCGUCCCUCCUCGGUGAAGAAGACUGGUUCACCUCCUGGACGGGAGCGCAUCGUGGGGGGAGAUAACUCCGUGGAGGGGGAGUGGCCGUGGCAGGUCAGCCUCCACUUCUCUGGUCAGCUGUACUGUGGCGCGUCGGUCCUCUCCUCCGAUUGGCUCGUCUCAGCGGCACACUGCUUCAGCAAGGAACGGCUUUCUGACCCACGUUACUGGAGCGCCCACCUCGGCAUGCUGACGCAGGGGAGCGCAAAACACGUGGCGGAGAUCCAGCGCAUCGUGGUGCACGAGUAUUACGACGAGUACACGUUUGACUACGACAUCGCCCUGCUGCAGCUGAAGAAGCCCUGGCCCCCCUCCCUCAGCCCGCUGGUCCAGCCCGUGUGCCUGCCGCCCUCCUCCCACGCCGUCACUGACAGCCAUCGCUGCGUCGUCACCGGCUGGGGGUACCGCUCCGAAGACGACAAAGUGCUUCCGUCAGUGCUGCAGAAAGCAGAGGUGUCCAUAGUGAGCCAGACGGACUGUAAGAAGAGCUUAGGACCUGUCUCAUCCCGCAUGCUGUGUGCCGGGGUCGCCUCCGGAGAGCGGGACGCCUGCAGGGGCGAUUCCGGCGGGCCUCUGUCCUGCCAGGCACCGGGCAGGGGCCGCUGGUUCCUGAUUGGCAUUGUCAGCUGGGGGUCAGGCUGUGGCAGACCCAACCUGCCCGGGGUCUUCACCAGGGUCAACAAAUUCACCUCCUGGAUCUACAGCCAUAUCAGCUGUAUUGUUGCAUAUUGCCUCUGCGGAGCUAAACGGCACAGUGCUAUGAGGACUCUCCCCAAAAGCAAAACCUGCGAAGUGUACUGCGUCUCCGGGCAUGGACAUGGAUCAGACUGCUCCGCUGCACAAGGAGAGGGGGAGUCGAAGGAGCCUGCCGAGUCGCCGGGCCCCCCCACGGAGCCUGAGGACCAGGCCGAGCAGAAGGCGGAGGGGGGGGGAGCUCCAGCCGGUGGCUCCAGGAGGAGGUGGAUGUUGGGUGCGCUGCCUUUCUUUCCCUUCGCUGCUGCCAUUGCAUUGACGGUCCACUACUUGGCAUCGCCGCCCUCCUCGGUGUUCUUCCUCGGUGGCAGCGUGGAGUUCCCGAACCUGAGCUUCUCCUCGGAGCUGACUGACUCCACCUCCCCUCAGUUCCGCCUGCAGGCCCGGGCUUUGAACCGUUAUUUCACUGAACUCUACGAGUCUUCGCCGUGGAGCUCUUACUACCUGCACUCAGGAAUUACUGCCUUCAGUGAAGGAGCAGAAGGGCUCAAUGUCUUCUACUGGAGUAAAUUUUCCGCCCCAGGCGACGUUGCCGUGGCGAUGAAGAGGUCCGGGCCCGAGCGGCUGCAGCGCAGGCUCCCUGGCAGCAACAAGGUGCAGCGGGACAGCCGCAACGAGCAGCGCUAUUACAUGGAGCAAGAUGACGACACGCUCCACCUGCUGGGUUUGGACCCUGACGACUUUGAAUCAGAUGAAAAAUCAGACAAGAGUAAGAACCCAAACAGCAUCCAAAGUGGGAAGUGGCAGCUCGGCUUCCAAGCAAUGUCCUUUGACCUCUACGCCAAAUAUGGCAACAACCGCACCCUGAGCCUCGUGAGUCCCAAGAAGCCGUACUACCAGUGGCGUCUCCGCGUGCCGUCGGGUCACGUGGUCCGACUGGUCGUCCUCACGCUGCACGGUGCCACGCCGGGGAGCUGCACCGCCCACAAGCUGUCGGCCUACGACUUUUUACUCCCAUUACAGAAUAAGAUAAUCGCACGGUGGUGCGGGUUGCCUAUUUCCGGUUCGUCGCCCGUCAUGAAGCUGACAUCCUCUGGGAAUGUCAUGUUGGUCACCUUCUCCUUCAGCAGACAGAGGGAUGGAGCGAUCUUCAAAGCGUACUUCCAAGCUAUCCCGAGAGCAGGUUGUGGAGGGUCGAUUUCCUCCUGGAACGGCUCUAUUUCCUCCCCUUACUAUCCCUCCUAUUAUCCUCCCAACGUAGACUGCACCUGGACACUACGGGCGCCGUUUCCAGGAUACUUGAUCUCCAUGACGAUUGUGGCGAUGGACAUUCAGGAUUCCCGGUCAUCAGACGGUUGUGAGAAGGACUGGCUGGACAUCGGAGGGAUCAGACUUUGUAGCCCCGUGUCAGAAAGCGGCAAAAAGCGAGUCUACUCCUCUCCUCUCUCCCUCCACUUCCACUCGGACGAGUCUCUCACCCACAAGGGCUUCCACUUGCUCUAUCGCGCCUUCUCCCCCGAGGGCACCUGCCCUCGGCAGUUUCGCUGUGGCGAUGGAGGCUGCAUCCCUCUCAGGAAAGUGUGCGAUGGAGUGAAAGACUGCUCGGACGGACGCGACGAGGCCAAAUGCUCAUCCUGCAGGCCGGGGGAGGUGCUGUGCGGGAACGGCCAGUGCAAGCCUCAAAGCAGCCAGUGUGUGAGCCAGAGCACCUGUGCAGACAGCAGUGAAGAGGGCGCCUGCGGAGGCAAAUGUCCCCACAUGUGUUCCAACAAAGUAUGUCUGCCGAAGACUUCAGUGUGUAACGGGGUGAUUGACUGCAAAGACCGCAGUGAUGAACUCAACUGCACCAGAGCGUACCUCAAAGGCUGCUCCUCAUCCUCAUACAAAUGUGCCAAUGGAAAGUGUGUAAGUAAGGUGAACCCCGAGUGUGACGGAGUCAAAGACUGCUUUGACGGCUCGGAUGAACUGCGCUGUGGCUGCGGCACCAGGCCCAGGAAGCGUACUAAGAUAGUGGGCGGCUCUGAUGCCGGGGCGGGGUCGUGGCCGUGGCAGGUCAGCCUCCAGAUGGAACGUUAUGGACACGUCUGUGGAGCCACGCUGGUCGCCAACCGCUGGCUCAUCUCGGCAGCUCACUGCUUCCAGGACUCUGACGCAAUCAAAUACUCAGACGCCCGUGCGUGGCGGGCCUACCUGGGAAUGCGGCUGAUGACUACGGGGAACAACGGGGCCGCCACCAGGCCCAUCCGGCGGAUUCUCCUGCACCCGCAGUACGACCAGUUCACCUCCGACUACGACAUCGCCCUCCUCGAGCUCAGCGCUCCCGUCUUCUUCAAUGACCUGGUGCAGCCCGUGUGCGUCCCCGCGCCCUCACACACCUUCACCACGGGGACCAGCUGCUACGUCACAGGCUGGGGGGUCCUCAUGGAGGACGGUGAACUGGCCGCUCACUUACAAGAGGCCACAGUGAAGAUCAUCAACAGGAAGACUUGUAACAAACUGUACGACGAGGCCGUCACCCCCAGGAUGCUGUGCGCCGGGAACCUACAGGGAGGAGUGGACGCCUGCCAGGGUGACUCCGGAGGGCCUCUGGUGUGUCUGGAGCGGGGCAGGCGGUGGUUCCUGGCGGGGAUCGUGAGCUGGGGCGAGGGCUGUGCGAGGCAGAACCGGCCCGGCGUCUACACACAGGUGGUCAAGUUCACCGACUGGAUUCAACAGCAGACGAAAGGACAGGUGUAACUGAGGACCACGUGGAGAGAAAAAAAGAAACAGAAUUAACACACAUUGACGAAGGUUUCAGACCCCAGUUCGUCUUCAUAUUCUGUCAUUUCUUUUGUCCACGGCAGCGGGACCAGCAGGAGGAGCGUCCCUGCCUCACACCAACCAGCUUUCCUUUAAAAACGUACUGAACCUGAUCAAUUCAAUUGACUCGGUUUUUGGUCGUGGCACGUUAAUGUAAGAAUACAAGUUACAGAAUUAAAAAUACCCAAUUCUGUUAAAGAGUCCCGCCGAAAACCCACUCUAUUAGCUUUGAGUUUUCACUGUCUGCACACUUGUAGAGUGAGCUGUGUGUUAAUAUCUACUUUAUAUAAGUCUCCUCAAUCAGAUGGACGGGUCAGGCCAAAGUACGACAACCAGCCGGGUUGUCCUGUGUGUCAAUGUAGCCAAUUACCUCCUGCUUUCCCAUCGUCUCUGUUCUGCCUGCUAGAUUUUUCAUUUUUCACUUCACGGAGAUUGUGACCGUUUCACCUGUCGCCAACAGAAAUCCAGAUAGUCCUUUUUAUUGAAUGUGGAAAGAGUUCUCUCCCCACGCACAUGUAACCUUAAAUGUUAUUGCCAUCUACAUUCGUCCAUGUACUGUAUAUGCGUGUUUUAAGAGUUGUUGUACUGUAUGUGUAUGUGUGUGCAUUUGUAUAUCAUCAGUUCACCUCAGAGCCUUAAAUUCAAUAUAUUCUGUAACUGUAGAGAAGUGAAUAGUCCCUCAAUAGGAUGUGAUAAUAUAUUUGGUAUUUCAGUCAUACUGGGAUUUAAUUCAUCUCUGCGGUGCCUCGUUUGUACUUUGUGCUCCAUGAAAAGCAUGAUCCCAUCUCCCCGUAAGGACCUGACGCCGUUGAUGCUGCAUGGCGAAGGGAGCCAUGAGAUUAUUAGGAGAGCAGCCUACCAUCCUUUCCUAUGAGGUCACACUGGUCCUGUUUCUCCUGAAAUCGACUCAGUCAGCUCACAUCGCCACCCAGCGGCCUGUCUGCGUCACUGCUUUAUAUCUUGAGAAAUGAUGCACCUCACACCCAAGGGAUCCCAAAACACGCAGUUUGCAUCAUGGUUUCAUUUUGUUUUAUGCUUUGACAUUAAAUACACAACUUUUAACGCA